AUGCAAGUGCCCGCCAAGGACUGUGUCUCCCUGAUGGUCUACUCCUUUACGUUCCUUCUGGGCCUCCCCUCCAACCUGCUGGUGCUCUUCGUGUACGUCCGCAAGGCGCGCAAGCGGGGUGCCACGCCCAACGUGGUAUACGCACUCAACCUGUGCCUGGCUAACCUGACACUGGUGGCCUGGCUGCCCGUCAAGGCCCUGGAGACUUUCCUCCAGGACUGGGCUCUUCCGUCGCCCCUCUGUCCCGUCUACAGCUUCUUCCUGUUCUCCUCGAUCUACGGCAGCUGCCUCUUCCUCACGGUCGUGACGGUGGGCCGCUACCUCAGCAUCGCCUUUCCCAUCAGCUACAAGCUGUACCGGCGGGGCCGCAUCUCCUGCUUCAUUAGCGCCGCCCUGUGGGCAGUGGUGCUGUUGCACCUGAGUCUGGGCCUGGUGGCAGAAGGCGGAGGCGGCUUCGUGUCCACCUCCAGCCAUAAUGUGUCGGUCUGCUUCGAGAACUUCACCCAGGACCAGCUGGACCUGCUGCGGCCGUUGCGCCUGGAGAUGGCGCUCCUCCUCUUCCUGCUGCCACUGGCCGUGACCGCCUUCUGCACGCUGCGCUGCGUGGCCCUGGUGUGGCAGUCCUGCUUGCCCGUCCUGGGAAAGAGGCGCGUCCUGGCUGUGGCCCUCUCCACGCUGGCUGUGUUUGUGGUGUGCUACGCGCCCUACAAUGCCUCACACAUCGUGGGCUUUGUGCUGCAGGAGAACAUCCACUGGAGAACUGAGGCCAUGCUGUCCAGUGCCUGUAACGUCUUCCUAGAGCCUGUGGUCAUGCUGAUGCUGUCCCCGGCAACGCCCCGCGGCCUCAUGGGAAGGCUCUGUGGAAGGCCCAGCAGUUACAGCCGGACAGAGGGGCGCCAUGGUAGCAAAAUCAUCACACGGGACCCUCUGGCUAAUGUGAGGGGAGUGGUGUCUCUGACCGACAGACAGACAGGAGCAAACAUUUCCAAGUUAAAUCAGGAAUAAUCUGCACAAACAACACAUGCAAGACAUGGGAAAUAGUUUAGGACAAAAUUAAGUGGAGAACUGAGGCUGAUGUGGAAUACACUAAGAAAUAGGACUGGUAAUGCUCAAAAUGGGCAGAGCUGAGGUUGGAACAAGGGACAAUCUAAAAAUCUGCACAAUUAUUGAUGACAAAAAUAAUAAUAUCUUGUGUUCUCAUGAUACUCUAUGCUUUCUAUGCUCUGAAAUCUUUAGAAAGUUAUAGAUAACAAACCACAGUGAUCUUAUGAAUAACAGAUAAAUGUAAAUAGAACCAUCAUUUAUUGAUUGUUAUUUACAGCAUCAAAUGUUACUGACCAGCUUACACUGGGAGCUUUAAGGAGUUUACGAAGAUGAAUGUAAAAUGCACUAAUUAAUUCUGAUCUGAAAUGCUGCUGAACAUAAAGUUAAUCAGAAACAUGUCCUAAUUUUAUAUCUGACAGUCUCAGAAUCAAUACAUUUGAAAUCUCAACCAGAAAUCUCAACCAGAAACAGUUAUGACUAUAAUUAAUGUUUCUCUAAUCUCUAAAUGUGAAUUAACUGAGAAUUAUUUGUUUUUAGAACCUGCUUCUAAUUGAGGAUUUGACUUUGUAAUAUUUACAUGUAAAUCACUACCUUACUUGUGCAAGAGAAAUGUCUGAAUAAAAUAUAAACUGAGCAAGUAUUGUGUUGUGUAUAUUUGUUCUGAAGUCCAAAGUGCCUGGGGGUUGCUUUUGAAGGAUACAUACCCAUUUAAAAGAGACAUUAUGAACUAUGAAUAACUUGAUUAAUUCAACGUGAUAGUGUUCAGUGUUUCAGAUCCAUUAAAUUAUCCACCCUAUUAGUAAGAUUAAUUGAGACUACCUAAAUUUGAUAAAAUAUUAUAAGCAUUCAGUGAAAGUCCCUCAAACUGUUUAUCAUUUCAUCAUUUUCUUGUUAGUCACUUCCUCAUCAUAGAUACAUCCUAAUGUGAGUAUAAAAAGGUUGAGGUCAGUUGAAGUGCAUUUAUGGUAACGAGUGAGGAAAAGGCCUUCUUUGGUGAGUAAAUUCACUUUAAUAAUUUCUUACUUUUAUUUGAGAGUACCAUCAGUGAGGGAUGUUUUAGCAAAUGCAACAUGGUUCCUUAUCCAUAGCCGUUAUCCAUGACCUUUGUACAAGAGAAACUGAAAAUAAUCUUCAAACACUUCCAUUAAAAUAAUACGUUUUUACUCAUGCAGAACUGUGUGAUUAUAAAUCUACCAUGUAAUAUCUUAGUAUGGGGUCACACUUUUUGUGUGAUGCAAAUUACCUGUACCAUAAUGUGUAUGGCUUUUAUACAUACCUUUGUUCAAUAUGCUGCAAAUAAGCCAUAUCCUGCAUUCAUGAAAAUAAACUAUUACAAUUAUUUUGACACUUCUCAGGGCAUCUGCAAGUUUGGGUUAAGAGAUAACAAGAAGAGGUCCCGUAUUGUGUAGAAGUACCCUUUUUUGUGUCUAAAUGUGGUGCUUAUUUAGGGUAGCACUUUUCAAUUGGAUACAACUUUAUUAAUCCCUGAGGGGCUUUAGUGUGUUAUGUGGACAAAGUUUAACCAUACUUGCAACUCCAGCAUGAGAACUCCAGUAUGAGACAUUGGUUCCUAGAGGGCGCAAUUCAUCAGUAUUCUCAACAUAAAACAAGCAUUACUACUACAGUACAAACUAUGCUGGGAACCAUACACAAGGAUAAAGUGGGUUCGAUAUUUUGCGGCCUAAAUCUAAGAAGAAUGUGCAUUUUAAAAUGUCCAUAACAUUUAAGAAAACUAGUAAAAGUGCAAGGGGCAAAUGUAUCCUCUCUAAUAAUUGAUAACUAAGGUUAGGAUUUCCAAAUAUUCAGUUUAUAUAUUCUUAAGUUUAACUAUGGACACUAGAGGAUUUGCUAAUAAAACAGUACACAACAGGGUGUGCACUAUGGGGGAAAUGACCUCUUAGCUUAGUUAAUUUUAAGAAUGCCCUUUUUGUGUGACUAGAGAUAAUGAACAGUCAUUAUAGAAAUAGCAUAUCUGUUUAGUGGUGUGUUUCCAUGGUAAUAAAGUAAUGACAGGAAGUGAGUGAGACAGCAACGUCAUCUGAGAUGUUAGUUGUGUAAUUCCAUUCAGAUAGCUGUCUCCCAAUAGUUUUGGGUUGAAACGUCAGUAUAUCAUGAUGCUCUUCUCUCUCUUGUAGUGACAACAACGUUAACAGUACCUGCCAAUAUGAAGCCUGCAGAUCACAUUUCAUGCAGCUUUGCACUGUUCGUCUACAUCACCACCUUCCUGAUCGGGGUACCUGCCAACAUCCUGGCAUUCUGCACCUUUUGCCGAAAGGUGCGUCGCAAACCUGCCCCCAUCGACAUCCUGCUACUCAACCUGACCAUCUCCGACCUCAUCUUCCUUGCUUUUCUGCCCUUCAAGAUGAAGGAGGCUGUUGAUGAUUUUAACUGGACCCUCCCUUACUUCCUAUGUCCAGUCACUGGUUUCCUGUUCUACUCCACCAUCUACAACAGCACCCUCCUCCUGACCGCGGUGAGUGUGGAGCGCUUCCUCAGCGUGGCGUAUCCCGUAAGAUUCACAGCACCAGGCAGGGUUGUCCACGCACAGUUGGCCUGUGUAGUUUUCUGGAUCCUGUCCCUUGCCCACUGCAGUGUUGUCUUCGUAAUGCAAUUAGACAAAGAUGCCGACAACACUACCUGCUAUGGGAAUUUCACUGAUGUCCAGCUUAUUACCCUUCUCCCAGUACGCUUAGAGAUGUCCCUGGUUCUCUUCUGUGUCCCCUUCCUGAUCAGUACCUUCUGCUAUGUCAACUUCAUCCGUAUCCUGUCUAGGCUUCCCAACAUCGGCCAGCACCGGCGCCUGCGUGCCAUCGGGCUGGCGAUGGGAACUCUGCUGGUUUUCGCCCUCUGCUUUGGGCCCUACAACGUGUCCCAUGUAGUGGGGAUCAUGCAGAAUAAAGUCCCUACUUGGCGUAACACGGCCAUUCUGCUCACCUCCUUAAAUGCCUGUCUGGACCCCAUCAUCUUCUACUUCUCCUCCUCAGCUGUUAGGAGCACUCUCAGCCUCUGCCUGAAGCGAAUCAAGGCUAAGUUCAAUCCAAAGGCCACAGCUGCUCAUGCUGGUAAUACACCAGACCCUAUGGACUCCACCCAUUCGUCCAGCCAGAGGUUUGGCGCUGCUGCCGCAAGGGGGACAAAUUAGACCCCACGGUGAAUCAGUGAAUAGUAAAUUAGUGUUGUCCAUCCAUACAAAGUGUACACGAAGCAUUGAAAUUGUGUAUUUCCACAAUGUGAUCUAGAAUUCUGAUACCAUUUGUGCGUGUGAAACUGAAACUGCUAUAGAAUGUCUGCAUUCAUCUGCAUAUGUAUUUGGUUCAGUAUGCAGAAUUAGAGUGAGAGUGAGACUAAGAAAACAGUAUGAUGUUGUCUGGUGACUGUGACUGGUACCUUAGUUUGUGUCCCACAAAGGUUAUUACAGUAAACUUGUAUUACUUGUACAGAGGGUAAUGAUGAGAAUAGUGAAUUAGAAUGGUAAACUGUAAAAUAUGUCAUUAAAGGGAAUAAAGAAGCUGCUUCGAAUUAGUCUUUGUGGUAAUCUUAUGUCAUGCUUAUUGAGACUGUAAAUGCCAGAAUAUCAAUAUGCAAUUGCUGCACAAAUUAUUGAUAAAAAAAAUAUCUGUAUCAGAAAAGUCAUAUUGUGGUCGUUGCAUUUGAAUUUAUAGUAUAUUGUCUAUGCGUUAUCACACAUGUAGUUUAUUGUCAUGCUUUUUUAAUGAUCAGUUAUUAUUGCCAAUAAACUCCUUAUUAAGACAUUAUCCUUACCUAAUGUUAUUGCUUUUCUUGCCAACUAUCUUUUGGAUUUCUCAUCAAGUCAUUCAUGUCAGAAUCAAAUACAAUGCUUAUCACUGUAGCUUUUACAUGACCCUUGAGGGUCAUCUUUAUCUGGAGAAGAGGAAAUUGUAAGAGGAGCUUGUAGGAAGGAAUCUAUUUAUUUGUGUAUAGUGUUUAUUCUCUUGUGUAUUUUUAUUUCUCGUGUGUAUUUUAUCUGACUUAGUAUUGAUUCUGUGCUCUUUUUAAGAAUCUAUUCUGAAUUUGACACGUUUAUAUUUCUUUCCUUUUUUUUAUAUUGAAUACUGCAUUGUUGAGGAAGCGCUUGCAAGUAGCAUUUCACUGUACUGUUUACACCUACUGUAUCCUGUGCACGUGACAAAUCACAUUUUAGUUAAUUUAGGUGAUUUCCUGACCUCUUUAUGACAUAGAGGCCCAAGUUUCAAGUCAGCAAAGAACAAUACCACAACACACUUGUAUGUAUUGGUGUUCGCCUACAAGUUAAAUGCAACACUGAAAUCGAACAUCUACAGUGGGGAAAAAAAGUAUUUAGUCAGCCACCAAUUGUGCAAGUUCUCCCACUUAAAAAGAUGAGAGAGGCCUGUAAUUUUCAUCAUAGGUACACGUCAACUAUGACAGACAAAAUGAGAAUUUUCUUUCCAGAAAAUCACAUUGUAGGAUUUUUAAUGAAUUUAUUUGCAAAUUAUGGUGGAAAAUAAGUAUUUGGUCAAUAACAAAAGUUUCUCAAUACUUUGUUAUAUACCCUUUGUUGGCAAUGACACAGGUCAAACAUUUUCUGUAAGUCUUCACAAGGUUUUCACACACUGUUGCUGGUAUUUUGGCCCAUUCCUCCAUGCAGAUCUCCUCUAGAGCAGUGAUGUUUUGGGGCUGUCGCUGGGCAACACGGACUUUCAACUCUCUCCAAAGAUUUUCUAUGGGGUUGAGAUCUGGAGACUGGCUAGGCCACUCCAGGACCUUGAAAUGCUUCUUACGAAGCCACUCCUUCGUUGCCCGGGCGGUGUGUUUGGGAUCAUUGUCAUGCUGAAAGACCCAGCCACGUUUCAUCUUCAAUGCCCUUGCUGAUGGAAGGAGGUUUUCACUCAAAAUCUCACGAUACAUGACCCCAUUCAUUCUUUCCUUUACACGGAUCAGUCGUCCUGGUCCCUUUGCAGAAAAACAGCCCCAAAGCAUGAUGUUUCCACCCCCCUGCUUCACAGUAGGUAUGGUGUUCUUUGGAUGCAACUCAGCAUUCUUUGUCCUCCAAACACGACGAGUUGAGUUUUUACCAAAAAGUUAUAUUUUGGUUUCAUCUGACCAUAUGACAUUCUCCCAAUCCUCUUCUGGAUCAUCCAAAUGCACUCUAGUAAACUUCAGACGGGCCUGGACAUGUAAUGGCUUAAGCAGGGGGACACGUCUGGCACUGCAGGAUUUGAGUCCCUGGCGGCGUAGUGUGUUACUGAUGGUAGGCUUUGUUACUUUGGUCCCAGCUCUCUGCAGGUCAUUCACUAGGUCCCCCCGUGUGGUUCUGGGAUUUUUGCUCACCGUUCUUGUGAUCAUUUUGACCCCACGGGGUGAGAUCUUGCGUGGAGCCCCAGAUCGAGGGAGAUUAUCAGUGGUCUUGUAUGUCUUCCAUUUCCUAAUAAUUGCUCCCACAGUUGAUUUCUUCAAACCAAGCUGCUUACCUAUUGCAGAUUCAGUCUUCCCAGCCUGGUGCAGGUCUACAAUUUUGUUUCUGGUGUCCUUUGACAGCUCUUUGGUCUUGGCCAUAGUGGAGUUUGGAGUGUGACUGUUUGAGGUUGUGGACAGGUGUCUUUUAUACUGAUAACAAGUUCAAACAGGUGCCAUUAAUACAGGUAACGAGUGGAGGACAGAGGAGCCUCUUAAAGAAGAAGUUACAGGUCUGUGAGAGCCAGAAAUCUUGCUUGUUUGUAGGUGACCAAAUACUUAUUUUCCACCAUAAUUUGCAAAUAAAUUCAUUCAAAAUCCUACAAUGUGAUUUUCUGGAUUUCUUUUUCUCAAUUUGUCUGUCAUAGUUGACGUGUACCUAUGAUGAAAAUUACAGGCCUCUCUCAUCUUUUUAAGUGGGAGAACUUGCACAAUUGGUGGCUGACUAAAUACUUUUUUUCCCCACUGUAUGUAAGGGAGAGUGGGGUAAAUUGAGCCAAAGGGGUAAGUUGAGCCACCCUUGUUUCAAGGAAACCAUACAGAAAAUGCAUAAUUUGACCAAAUAUUUAGGAAGACGUCAUCAUUUCAUGGAGUCUGUGAAGGAAGAAACCACAUGGAAAAAGUGGUAAGCAAGUUAGGUCCAAAAAACUGAUUUUCACCAAGUCAAAUUAAUUUAUUGUGUUAGAGGUUUCAUAAUGCUUGUAUCUAAACCAAAGUAGAUCAUUUUAAGAUUGUUCUAUAAUUCAGUUGGGGUCUCUAUAAGCUUCAAUAUGAGAUCCUAAACCUAGCAUGAAAGUGCAUCCUUGUGUGUGGGCUAAUAUAGUCAAAAUGUUUGCCUUGGGGUAAAUUGAGCCAAUGGCAAGUUGAGAAAAUGGAAGUGUUUUCUUCGCAGGCAAGUCACUAUUGCUGGGAUAUGAGGUAACAACAGGGCCUGGCCUAUGUUAAAAGUGUUUUUUAAAAGUACAAAGUCUUUGUUAAAAUAAAAUCUCAAAUCUAAUUUUAUUCGUCACAUGCUUCGUAAACAACAGGUGUAGACUAACAGUGAAAUGAUUACUUACGGGCCCUUCCCAACAAUGCAGAUAACAUUUUUUAAAUAAUAGAAAGAUAUAAAUACACAAGAGUAACGAUAACUUGGCUACAUACACGGGGGACCAGUCCCGAGUCGGUGUGCAGGGGUACGAGGUAAUUGAGGUAGAUAUGUACAUAUAGGUAGGUGUUAAGCCUGUGUUAAAAUAUGCUUAAAGGACAAACAGCGAUUGUGAUUAUGUUGAAUUGUGUUUGGGAAAUAAAGAUAGACAUGGUUUUAAAAAGGUAGAGGUAAUAUUUAAUUCAAUACAGAAAUGUAUAGGUGGCUUAACUUACCCUGUCCCGUGGCUCAACUUACCCCAUACUUCCAACUCCCUAGACCAGGGUAAGACAGAUUCCUAUGACUGUUUAAUUUGAUCUGAUUCUCUGGUUUCCAUAAUGUCUUAGUGGCCCUGGGAUACUGAAUAGGUGAGUUUGAAGAAAAUUGUGGAAUGGGCAAAUGUAUCCUGUCUAAUUAUUGAUACCUCAUGUUAGUAUAUUCAGAAUAUUAAGUUUGAGUAUUCAAAGGUUUAACUUUAUGGACACUUAGUUGACAGUGAAGGAAACUGCUACAAUAUAAGUAAUACUAUAAAUAACAUAUGACAACAACUAUGACAACACAACUCAUAGUAGCUACCUCCCACUGGGCACACACUGGUUGAAUCAACAUUGUUUCCAUGCCAUUUCAAUGAAAUUACGUCUAACCAAUGUGGAAUAGAUGUUGAAUUGGCGUCUGUCCCAGUGGGCUCCUACCAAUAGUUUUGAGUUGAACCGUCAGUAUAUCAUGAUGCUCUCCUCUUUCUUGUAGUGACAACAAUUCUGAUAGUAACUACACAUGACAGCAGCAGAUGACUUUCCCAGCGGCUUUGCACUGUUUGUCUACAUCACCACCUUCCUGAUCGGGGUGCCUGCCAACAUGCUGGCAUUUUGUGCUUUUUUCCGAAAGGUGCGCCACAAACCUGCCCCCAUCGACAUCCUGCUACUCAACCUGACCAUCUCCAACCUCAUUUUCCUCAACUUCCUGCCUUUCAAGAUGGAGGUGGCCGACAACCAGGAAUGGAACAUCCACUACUUCUUGUGUCCAGUAACUUCUACAUAGGGCUGUGGUGGUCACGAAAUUUCGUCAGCCGGUGAUUGUCAAGCAAAUAACUGUUGGUCUCACGGUAAUUGACCAUUAAUUAACAUAAACACAUUUAGCAUCUUCUGGCUUCCACACAUAGCCUACAAGCCACUGAUGCAGACCUUUGGAACAUCUACAUUCAAAAAAGUAUAAUAAAUCCAUGUAAUAUAGUCUACACCACAAUAAAUCCAUUAUUUAUUUUAGACAGGUCUAAAGAAACAUGAUAUGAAGAAAAUGUAGUCUAUUUCAGAAGAACAUAAUAGCAUACUCUGUGUUGUCCUUAUGUUAGGUCCUGAUCUGGCUGUGCCAAAUGGCUGUGGGCUACACUAGCUCAUUCCGUGGCAUUAUUUUAUAUUAUUUUAUAGUAUGAAGAAUACAAUUGAACAAAGCUGGAUAAAAUAGAAAGGAUAUUUUAUCUAAACGAUUUGAGGGAGUGCGCACAUGCAGCUAUUCUGUGUUGAGUGGUUAACAAAGAAAUAGGUACUCCUAUAUGCUUAAUUUAGAGUUAUUAAUGUAACUUUAGUUGUUCUACAAAUGUUGGGCUAUAUGUUUUGAUUGUUAAUACAUUGUAAGGCUGCAUGAUUCGACUCUAAUGAUGAUUUGAAAAAAGUAGCUUGAAAGGCAAGUGCUCUGCUUUGUGCAGGCUGUACGCACUUCAUCAGUCUCUCAUUCACAAUUUGACAAGCACUUGCUAAUGCCUCGAAUUUCCAGGCGGCAUCUCCUUUGUGUGGCCGUAAUGCACCCUAAAAGAAAUCCAUGCCUUUUGCGGCCAGUGGCCACUGUUCCCUUCUCCCUGAGUGCUGCUUGCUCUGAAGCACCUCUCACCCACAUGGCUCUCCAUCACGUGAUCGGGUCUUUCUCACAGGCUACAAGUGAAGACAGACACAUCGGGGACACAACUGCGCGCGUCCUUAUCCAAUUCCGAGGUGCAUAUUGAAGAUAUUGGAAGAACUGUACACGUUUACUUUUCAUCAGCCAACAAGAUGAGUAGGCCUAAUGAACAGCAAAAGCACUAGCCUAUGUCAAUCUACCAUCCCCCAUAGUACAAAAGUUGACCUAUUCUAUUCUGUGCGAGAAAUAAAUAUUCCAAACAGUCUGGGACAGUUGUGGGAUGCGAUAGAUCCCAAAUUAAUACAAUUAGUGCAACUAGUUCGGGUAGCCAUGAUUAGCUGUUCAGGAGUCUUAUGGCUUGGGGGUAGAAGCUGUUGAGAAGUAUUUUGGACCUAGACUUGGCGCUCCGAUACCGCUUGCCGUGCGGUAGCAGAGAGAACAGUCUAUGGCUAGGGUGGCUGGAGUCUUUGACAAUUUUGAGGGCCUUCCUCUGACACCGCCUGGUAUAGAGGUCCUGGAUGGCAGGAAGCUUGGCCCCAGUGAUGUACUGGGCCGUACGCACUACCCUCUGUAGUGCCUUGCGGUCGGAGGCCGAGCAGUUGCCAUACCAGGCGGUGAUGCAACCAGUCAGGAUUCUCUCGAUGGUGCAGCUGUAGAAUUUUCUGAGGAUCUGAGGACCCAUGCCAAAUCUUUUCAGUCUCCUGAGGGGGAAUAGGCUUUGUCGUGCCCUCUUCACGACUGUCUUGGUGUGUUUGGACCAUGAUAGUUCAUUGGUGAUGUGGACACCAAGGAACUUGAAGCUCUCAACCUGUUCCACUACAGCCCCGUCGAUGAGAAUGGGGGCGUGCUCAGUCCUCUUUUUUUUCCUGUAGUCCACAAUCAUCUCCUUUGUCUUGGUCACGUUGAGGGAGAGGUUAUUAUCCUGGCACCACACGGCCAGGUCUCUGACCUCCUUCCCUAUAGGCUGUCUCAUCGUUGUCGGUGAUCAGGCCUACCACUGUUGUGUCGUCGGCAAACUUAAUGAUGGUGUUGGAAUCGUGCCUGGCCAUGCAGUCAUGGGUGAACAGGGAGUACAGGAGGGGACUGAGCACGCACCCCUGAGGGGUCCCCGUGUUGAGGAUCAGUGUGGCAGAUGUGUUGUUACCUACUCUUACCACCUGGGGGCGGCCCGUCAGGAAGUCCAGGAUCCAGUUGCAGAGGGAGGUGUUUAGUCCCAGGAUCCUUAGCUUAGUGAUGAGCUUAGAGGGCACUAUGGUGUUGAAUGCUGAGCUGUAGUCAAUGAAUAGCAUUCUCACGUAGGUGUUCCUCUUGUCCAGGUGGGAAAGGGCAGUGUGGAGUGCGAUAGAAAUUGCAUCAUCUGUGGAUCUGUUGGGGCGGUAUGCAAAUUGGAGUGGGUCUAGAGCUUCUGGGAUAAUGGUGUUGAUGUGAGCCAUGACCAGCCUUUCAAAGCACUUCAUGGCUACAGACGUCAGUGCUACGGGUCGGUAGUCAUUUAGGCAGGUUAUCUUAGUGUCCUUGGGUACGGGGACUAUGGUGGUCUGCUUGAAACAUGUUGGUAUUACACACUCAGUCAGGGACAUGUUGAAAAUGUCAGUGAAGACACUUGCCAGUUGGUCAGCACAUGCUCGGAGUACAGGUCCUGGUAAUCCGUCUGGCCCUGCGGCCUUGUGAAUGUUGACCUGCUUAAAAGUCUUACUCACAUUGGCUACGGAGAGCGUGAUCACAUAGUCAUCCGGAACAGCUGGUGCUCUCAUGCAUGCUUCAGUGUUGCUUGCCUCGAAGCGAGCAUAGAAGUGGUUUAGUUCGUCUGGAAGUCUUGUGUCACUGGGCAGCUCGCGGCUGUGCUUCCCUUUGUAGUCUGUAAUAUUUUUCAAGCCCUGCCACAUCCGACGAGCGUCAGAGCCAGUGUAGUACGAUUCAAUCUUAGUCCUGUACUGACUCUUUGCCUGUUUGAUGGUUCGUCGGAAGGGCAUAGCAGGAUUUCUUAUAAGCGUCCAGGUUAGAGUCCCGCUCCUUGAAAGCGGCAGCUCUACCCUUUAGCUCAGUGCGGAUGUUGCCUGUAAUCCAUGGCUUCUGGUUGGGGUAUGUACGUACGGUCACUGUGGGGACGACGUCAUCGAUGCACUUAUUGAUGAAGCCAGUGACUGAUGUGGUGUACUCCUCAAUGCUAUCUGAAGAAUGCCGGAACAUGUUCCAGUCUGUGCUAGCAAAAUAGUCCUGUAGCUUAGCAUCUGCAUCAUCUGAACACUUUUUUAUUAACCGAGUCACUGGUGCUUCCUGCUUUAGUUUUUUGCUUAUAAAAUCACCCUGAUUAACUCUUUAGUAUUAUCCCAGUUUACCUAUUUGCUUAUGGUCUUGCCUACGCCUAGCGAACAGUUUUUUAAAUUAUAUGAGAAAAAAAUAUUCAAUUUUAUUUGGAACGGCAAGCCAGACAAAAUUAAAAGGGCAUAUUUAUAUAAUGAAUAUGAAUUCGGAGGACAGAAAUUAUUAAAUAUUAAAGCAUUAGACCUAUCACUAAAAGCUUCAGUCAUACAAAAGUUAUACUUAAAUCCGAACUGGUUCUCAAGCAAAUUAGUAAGAUUGUCUCACCCAAUGUUCAAGAAAGGCCUUUUUCCCUUUAUUCAUAUUACAACAACUCAUUUGCAGUUAUUUGAAAAGGAAAUCAUCUCCCAAAUAUCACUAUUUCUAAAACAAGCCAUAGAAAGUUGGUUGCAAUUUCAAUUUAAUCCUCCAGAAACGACAGAACAAAUAAUGCAACAAAUAUUGUGGUUAAAUUCAAAUAUACUAAUUGACAAAAAACCUUUAUUUUUUGACAGAAUGUUUAAAAAAGGUAUAAUCUUCGUAAAUGAUAUCAUCGGUAGGACUGGUGGAGUUAUGUCGCACAUGCAGCUAACAAAAACAUAUGGAAAUGUCUGCUCUACCCAAAAUUACAACCAAAUAAUUGCAGCCUUACCGCAAAAGUGGAAGAGGAAAGUGGAAGGGGGAGAAAGUAAGGAACUUGUCUGUCGGCCUUGCAUUAAAGAACAUAAUUGGUUAAGGAAAACUGUGAUAAAUAAAAAAGUAUAUCAGUUUCACUUAAGGACCAAAGGAUUGACAGCCGUCCCAUAUAGAUUGCAAAAUAGUUGGGAAGAGAUCUUUGACGUACCGAUCCCAUGGCAUAGUGUUUAUGAACUGACACGCAAAACGACACCGGAUUCAAAAAUUAGAAUCUUUCAAUUUAAAUUAUUAUAUAAAAUUCUUGCUACCAAUAGAAUGUUAUUUAUAUGGGGGAUACAAUCUUCCCAGCUCUGCAGAUUUUGCUGUGAAGAGACAGAAUCAUUAGAUCAUUUGUUUUGGUUCUGUCCAUUUGUAGCUUGUUUUUGGACACAGGUCCAGGAAUGGCUAAAGGAUUGCAAUAUUUACCUGGAGCUAACCUUGCAGAUAGCAUUACUGGGUCAUCUGAAAAGUCAUAGUCAAUCAAUCAAGCUCCUGAGCUCCUGAGUGGCGCAGUGGUCUAAGGCACUGCAUCGCAGUGCUAACUGUGCCACUAGAGAUCCUGGUUCGAAUCCAGGCUCUGUCGCAGCCGACCGCGACCGGGAGACUCAUGGGCGGCGCACAAUUGGCCCAGCGUCGUCCAGGGUAGGGGAGGUAAUGGCCGGCAGGGAUGUUAGCUAGGGGCGUUUGCAACGCCAGGGUUGUGGGUUUGAUUCCCACGGGGGGCCAGUAUAAAAAAAAUAAAAAAUAUGUAUUCACUAACUGUAAGUCGCUCUGGAUAAGAGCGUCUGCUAAAUGACAAAAAUAAUAAAUAAAAAAAUAAAUCAAUAAUAUAAUAAUACUUUUAGCAAAAAUGUUUAUUUUUAAUUCACAAUCUGUAGAAGCAAUGAGAAUAGAAAGGUUCAGAACUUUUGUAAAACAUCACAGUACGGUUGAAAUAUAUAUGGCAAAUAGAAAUCCUAUAUGGAUGGUGUUAAGAGAUAGAUGGGAGGUAUUGAAUAGAGUUGAAGGAUGGGACUAAUAACAAAUAACAACAAAUAAUAACAAAGAUAGCUAAUAAUGUAAGCAUACUGUGUCCAUAAUAAGUAUAUAGGUUGUAUGUUGGGAGCUUUUGGGAAAGAGCACAGUUAGAAAGAUAUGGCAUAUAGAAGCAAACCGGAUGGACAUCAUGAAAAUGAUUGGAGAGGUUGAGAGUAGAAGAAGUUCAGGAGCAAAAAAAAAAAAUAUAUAUAUAUAUAAAAUAGAAUUAUUGUAAAAUUAACUCUGUCCAUAAGGUGUAGAUAGUAAGUAUAGACCGGAAGUAGAGGCCUGGGCAUUGUUGUUCACUAAUUUACUCCAAGUAGGGAAAGGAUGGCGGGGUUGAAAAGUAAUAAAGGGGAGUAUAUAUAUAAAAAACAUGGGGGAUUGGAAGUGAUGCAGACAAUUACAUUGAUGGAAGUUACAAUCUGUCUGCAAUAUUAAGCUGAUCCAUCCCCCCCCCCAACAAAAAAAAAAAAAAAAAAAAAAAAAGAUACUCUACCUCAGGCGAGCAAAACCUCAAGACUUCCUUAGUAUUUGAUUUUGUGCACCAGCUGUUGUUUACAAAUAUACACAGACCGCCACCCCUUGUCUUACCGGAGUCAGCCGUUCUAUCCUGCCGAUGUAGCGUAUAGCCCGCUAGCUGUAUGUUGUCCAUGUCGUCGUUUAAUCUUGUCUUUACAUAUACUAAAUAAUAUAUGUGUGAAAUUUGUUUUGAUUUAGAAUGGACCAUUAUCAUGCACCUGUCUCGAAACGGGGGCAGGGGGAAAAAUACAUGUCAUCUAUGCACUUAAAUAGCGAAUGGAGGACGCUUUUCCCUUGGUUCAUUUUCAUGCCAGCCAGGUAGGCUAUACUUCUGUUGUAAUGAUAAGCAAUGUGCUUAAUAUUAGGAAAGUUGAGAAAUAAAUAUAUUGGGCCUAGCCUAUAGAAAGCUGAUGGGAUCCUCCUCUUUUUAAUAGAGGCCAUCCCUCUGUUUCCUCACUCAAUUGCAUAGCCUAUAGAAAUGUUGCACACCAUGAGCUAAUGGGCUGUCAUGAAGUGUUUGAUUUUCGAUUACAUUUGCAUUGAUGUCAGAGUGAUUAGAGGGACAAUAGAGUGCUGAGUAUCAGGCAGUUAGCAAGUUUGGUAGACUACUAAUGACCAUCAGCAGCAUCAGAGCUUGGAGAAGCCUAAUUACCGUGACUAAAUGGUCACGUGGAAUUUGACAGCCCUACUUCUACACCACAAUCUACAACAGCACCCUCCUCCUGACAGCGGUGACUGUGGAGCGCUACCUUGGUGUCACUUAUACCAUAAGAUUCACAGCAUCAGGCAGGGUUGGCAACGCUCUGUUGGCCUGUGUAGUUUUCUGGAUCCUGUCCCUUGCCCACUGCAGUGUUGUCUUCGUAAUGCAAUUCCAAGUUACCAAUGAUAAUACUAUGGGGAUUUCACUAAUGUACAGCUCAGUAUCCUUCUUCCUGUACGUUUAGAGAUUUUCCUAGUUCUCUUCUGCAUUCCAUUCCUGAUCUGCUGCUUCUGCUAUGCCAACUUCAUCUGUAUCCUGUCUUGGCUACCCAACAUCCGCCGGCAGCAGCGCCUGCGUAACAUCGGGCUGGCUCUGGGUACUCUGCUGGUUUUCAUCCUGUGUUUUGGGCCCUACAAUGUGUCCCAACCAUGUCGUGGGGUUCAUGUCCAAAGUCUCUACUUGGCGCGACAAGCCAACCUGAUAAACACCUUUAACGCCAGUCUGGACCCUAUAGUUUUCUACUUCUCCUCUGCUCUUAGGAGCAUGUUCAGCCACUGCCUUUGUAACAGCUCACUUCACAGCUUGAAAUGUCGCCAAUGAAGAGGAUCCUUUUCGAUGGUGCAACUGGUUAGCAGUCAUGGAAGGCAUUCAUGUGGUCGGCGACUGUGGCACUAAUUAUAUAAAAUAUUAUUUAUGUACAUUUUUUUUAUUAUCAGAAAAGUUAUAUUGUGGUCAUUGCAUAUAGUUUGUCUUAUGCUAUACCGCAUGCAUUAUAUUGUCAUGUUUUGAUACUCUCAUCUUAAAACUUGUUUUUGUUCUUAUGCAGAUAAGAACCUAGUGCCAAUAAACUCCUUAUUAAGUCUUAUCAAUAUCAUUAUGUAACAACAUUGCUUUUCUCUAUUAUCAUUAGUUGAAAACAAACAUUGACAUGUGACAGCGGUUUCAGUCAUUUAUGAGCCUGUAUAGUGAGUGCAGUGUAAAUGUGAUUGACCCCCCAUCACCAACCCCUUCUUAUUAAUAGCCAGUCAGUCACUUAGAUUAUCAUCAGGAGUGUGAGAGACUUGAUUCUUUACUAACAUCUAUUCAUGGGAGUUUAAAAAAUAUAUGUUGUAGUGUGAAUGAUAGACAUUUGUCUUCACAAAAAUUGGUGUGUUCUGUUUUCUUCAAGCAUACCACAUGCUCAAAUGAGUCCCUAACACUGUUGCAACUCUCUAAAGAUUGACUCUGCCAUUUGGUGGGCAGAAACAUCUGAUUAUUCCCAGAUUAUUUCAAUAUCUCAUAUUUUCACAAUCAAAGCCCAAUGAUUUAAUGACUGACCAACUAUCUACCAUUUUAUUUUACACUGACCUUAAUGUGAUUGCAACACAUUUCCAUGUAAAUGUGUUACCUCACAUUGGACAUUCAAGGGUUGCUGAGAGACAAUGUUUGGAGAGCUGUGGGAACAAAGAUUGCGACAGGAGUUAAUUACAUUUCCGCAGCACAUCACAUCACAGCCACUUGUCAGUAGGUAAUGCUGUGAGGGAGGAGUGUUCUGAUUGGAUCUGACAAUCAGCAUCUGGCAGACACUUUGUGCUGCCAGUACAUUUGAGGAUCCAGUCGGAUGACAUUGUGAUCUUGAGGCUAAAGAUUUUCAAGAUCCAUGGAGGUGAGUUUGUUAUUAGAACAUUUCCUCUCACAUUAGUUAUAGUAUGAAUGAGGUAUCAGUAAAAAAAGAGGGGUUAUUCAUAAAACUUUACCACAACAGACAAUGUAUCACCUACUUCUCCCCCCUAUAAAAACUGUAAAUACAGAAUCAAAUUAAUCUUGAAUAGCAUCUAUUCACUCUUUUACUGUAUAUCUUGUUAACAUUCUAAGUGAAUUCUGAAUUUAUGCAUCAAUCCAAUCUCUACUAAAGAUUUAACUUAUUCAGAACACAGGUGAUACAUUUACAGUAACUAAAGUUUUAUAAAUAAGCCCAAAAGGUCCUCAAGGUGAGGCUUAUGUUUUUAUACAGGUGAACAAUUAAAUCAAAACACAAAAGCAGACAAAAAUAUGGCUAAUGAGUAGUGUUUCCUACUGCUGACAGAUAAUGUCUGAAAGUUAGUAUCUCAUGGUGCCGACGAAGAUGGCAGCCUCGCGACUAGCUCUUAGGAAACUUUGCGGUAUUUUUUGGGAUAUCAGAGCGGCGGUAACUCACCAGCAUUGCGACCAGGAAUACGACUUUCCCGAAGCAGAUCCUUUUUUUGCUCUCCCCAGGGCAAUUAAACUGAUUCCAGCGGCUGACCCACAACAUCACCGGCGGAGGAGAGGCACUCGGAGCGGCCUGCUAGUUCGACUUAGGAGGCGCGCACACCACCCACCGCUUCCAAGUAUAUUACUCGCUAAUGUUCAGUCUUUGAAUAACAAGGUUGACGAGCUCAGGGCAAGGAUUUCUUUCCAGAGAGACAUCAGGGCCUGUAACAUACUUUAUUCCACGUAAACAUGGCUCUCUGGGGAUAUUCUGUCGAAAUCGGUCCAGCCAGAUGGGUUCUCAGUUCAUCGCGCAGACAGAAAAAAAUAUCUCUCCGGGAAGGAGAAGGGUGGAGGUGUGUUUUUCAUGAUUAACGACUCAUGGUGUAAUUGUAGUAACAUACAGGAACUCAAGUCCUUUUGUUCACCCGACCUAGAAUACCUCAUAAUCAAAUGCUGACCGUAUUAUCUCCCAAGAGAAUUUUCUUCGGUUAUAGUCACGGCCGUGUAUAUCCCCCCUCAAACCGAUACCACGACGGCCCUCAAAGAACAUCACUGGACUUUAUGCAAACUGGAAACCACAUAUCCUGAGGCUGCAUUUAUUGUAUUUUAACAAAGCAAAUUUGAGGACUAGGCUGCCGAAGUUCUAUCAACAUAUCGACUCUUGUACUCGGACUGCUAAAAUCCUAAACCAUUGCUACUCGAACUUCUGGGAUGGUUAUAAGGGCCUCCCCCGCCCUCCUUUCGGCAAAUCUGACCACGACUCCAUUUUGCUCCUCCCUUCCUAUAGGCAGAAACUCAAACAGGAAGUACCUGUGCUAAGGACUAUUCAACGCUGGUCUGACCAAUCGGAAUCGGAAUCCAGCUUCAAGAUUGUUUUGAUCAUGCGGACUGGGAUAUGUUCCGGGUAGCUUGCGAAAAUAAUUUAGACGAAUACACUGAAACGGUGACUGAGUUUAUCAGGAAGUGUAUAGGAGAUGUUGUGCCCACUGUGACAAUUAAAACCUACCCUAACCAGAAACCGUGGAUAGAUGGCAGCAUUUGCUCAAAAUUGAAAGCGCGAACCACCGCAUUUACCAUGGCAAGGUGACUGGGAAUAUGGCAGAAUACAAACAGCGUAGCUACUCACUCCGCAAGGCAAUUAAACUGGCAAAACAUCAGUAUAGAGACAAAGUGGAGAUGCAAUUCAACGGCUCAGACACGAGACGUAUGUAGCAGGGUCUACAGACAAUCACGGACUACAAAAGGAAAACCAGCCCCGUAGCCGACACCGACAUCUCGCUCCAUACAAGCUAAACACCUUCUUCUCCGUAGCCGACAUGAGUAAGACAUUUAAGCAUGUUAACCCCCGCAAGGCUGCCGGCCCAGACAUCCCUAGCCGCAUCCUCAGAGCAUGCGGAGACCAGCUGGACAUAUUCAAUCUCUCCCUAUCCCAGUCUGCUGUCCCCACAUGCUUCAAGAUGGCCACCAUUGUUCCUGUACCCAAGAAAGCAAAGGUAACUGAACUAAAUGACUAUCGCCCCGUAGCACUCACCUCUGUCAUCAUGAAGUGCUUUGAGAGACUAGUCAAGGAUCAUAAACCUCUACCUUACCUGUCACCCUAGACCCACUUCAAUUUGCUUACCGCCCCAAUAGAUCCACAGAUGAUGCAAUCACCAUCACACUGCCCUAUCCCAUCUGGACAAGAGGAAUACCUAUGUAAGAAUGCUGUUCAUUGACUAUAGCUCAGCAUUCAACACCAUAGUACCCUCCAAGCUCAUCAUUAAGCUCGAGUCCCUGGGUUUGAACCCCGCCCUGUGCAACUGGGUCCUGACUUCCUGACGGGCCGCCCCCAGGUGGUGAAGGUAGGAAACAAAAUCGCUGAUCCUCAACACUGGUGCCCCACAAGGGUGCGUGCUCAGCCCCCUCCUGUACUCCCUGUUCACCCAUGACUGCGUGGCCAAGCACGCCUCCAACUCAAUCAUCAAGUUUGCAGACGACAUAACAGUAGUAGCCUUGAUUACCAACAAUGACGAGACAGCCUACAGGGAGGAGAGGGCUCUGGGAGUGUGGUACCAGGAAAAUAACCUCUCACUCAACGUCAACAAAACAAAGGAGAAGGCGAGGUCAGUACAGGUGCAUCAAAGCUGGGACAGAGAGAAUGAAAAACAGCUUCUAUCUCAAGGCCAUCAGACUGUAAAAUAGCCAUCACUAGCACAUUAGAGGCUGUUGCUGCCUAUUGAAAUCACUGGCCACUUUAAGAAAUGGAACACUAGUCACUUUAAUAAUGUUUACAUAUCUUGCAUUACUCAUCUCAUAUGUAUAUACUGUAUUCUAUAAUAUUCUACUGUAUCUUAGUCCAUACCGCUCUGUCAUUGCUUGUCCAUAUAUGUAUAUAUUCUUAAAUUCCAUUCCUUACUUAGAUUUGUGUGUAUUGGGUAUUUGUUGUGAAAUUCUUCGAAAUUACUUGUUAGAUAUUACUGCACUGCCGGAGUUAGAAGCAUAAGCAUUUCGCUACACCCACAAUAACAUCUGCUAAACACGUGUAUGUGACAAAUAUCAUUUGUUUUGAUUUUAUUUGGAUUUGGGACACCUUUUUGGUAACAUACAGUGCCUUCAGAAAGUAUUCAUACCCCUUGACUUAUUCCACAUUUUGUUGUGUUACAGCCUUUUUUUUCCAGCACCCAUCUACACACAAUACCCCAUAAUACCCCAUAAGUGAAAACAAAUGUAUUGAAAAUUCAGAAAUACAGAAAUAUUUCAUUUACAUACUGUAAGUAUUCACACCCCUGAGUUAAUACAUGUUAAAAUCACCUUUGGCAGCGAUUACAGCUGUGAGUCUUUCUGGGUAAGUAUCUAAGAGCUUUGCACACCUGGAUUGUACAAUAUUUGCCCAUGAUUCUUUUCAAAAUUCUUCAAACUGUCAAAUUUAAAUCUUGCCAUAUAUUUUCAAGCACAUUUAAGUCAAAACUGUAACUAGGCCACUCAGGAACAUUCACUGUCUUCUUGGUAAGCAACUCCAGUGUAGAUUUUGCCUUGCGUUUUAGGUAAUUGUCCUGCUGAAAGGUGAAUUAAUCUCCCAGUGUCUGGUGGAAAGCAGACUGAACCAGGUUUUCCUCUAGGAUUUUGCCUGUGCUUAGCUCCAUUCCAUUUAUUUUUUAUCCUGAAACACUCCCGUCCUUAACGAUUACAAGCAUACCCAUAACACGAUGCAGCCACCACUAUGCUUGAAAAUAUGUAGAGUGGUACUAAGUAAUGUGUUCUAUUGGAUUUGCCCCAAACAUAGGACAAAAAGUGAAUUACUUUGCCAAAUUUUUUGCUGUUUUACUUUAGUGCCUUAUUGCAAACAGGAUGCAUGUAUUGGAAUAUUUGUAUCCUCUAUAGGCUUCCUUCUUUUCACUCUGUCAAUUAGGUGAGUGUUGUGGAGUAACUACAAUGUUGUUGAUCCAUCCUCAGUUCUCGCUUAUCACAGCCAUUAAACUCUGUAGCUGUUUUAAAGUCACCAUUGGCCUCAUGGUGAAAUCCCUGAGCGGUUUCCUUCCUGUCUGGCAACUGAGAUAGGAAGGACGCCUGUAUCUUCGUAGUGACUGGAUGUAUUGAUACACCAUCCGAAGUGUAAUUAAUAACUUCACCAUGCCCAAAGGGAUAUUCAAUGUCUGCUUUUCGAGAGAGAUGAGGUAGUCAUUCAAAAAUCACAUUAAACACUAUUAUUGCACACAGAGUGAGUCCAUGCAAUUUAUUAUACGACUUGAUAAGCAAAUUUUUACUCCUGAACUUAUUUAGGCUUGCCAUAACAAAGGGGUUGAAUACUUAUUGACUCAAGACAUUUCAGCUUUUAAUUUUUUAUUUCUUUGUUAAAAUGUCAACAUUUGUGUAGGCCAGUGACAAAAAAUAUCAAUUUUAUCAAUUUAAAAUUCAAGCUGUAACACAACAAAACGUGGAAAAAGUCAAGGGAUGUGAAUACUUUCUGAAGGUACUGUAUUUGCGGCAACAGCCCCACAAGUGAUGUUACACAUUCCAACGCACCCUUUUCUCUUUCCAGUUGUGUUGAGAGUCUCCAAGUGUCUGUGACUGAUGGAGUAGGCUAAUCGCCAUGCCGAUCACUCAUCUGUUGCUGUCUGUUUACAUUGUCACCUUCCUGAUUGGGGUACCUGCCAACAUCCUGGCAUUAUGCACCUUUUGCCAAAAGGUGCGCUGCAAACCUGCCCCCAUCGACAUCCUGCUACUCAACCUGACCAUCUCCGACCUCAUCUUCCUCACUUUCCUGCCCUUCAAGAUAAAGGAGGCUGUUGAUGACAUGAACUGGAACCUCCCCUUCUUCCUGUGUCCAGUCACUGGUUUCCUGUUCUACUCCACCAUCUACAACAGCACCCUCCUCCUGACCGCGGUGAGUGUGGAGCGCUACGUUGGUGUGGCCUUCCCUAUCAGAUACGCCUUGUGUCACAGGCCGCGCUAUGCUGUGGUGGCCAGCAUCAUAUGUUGGGUGGUGUCAUCACUGAACCUCAGCAUCGUGUACAUUGUGCCCUGCUCCCACUGGAUAUACGGCAAUGGGACCACUAUGGACGAUUCCCCAACAAAGUGCUACCUGAACUUCACCCAAGAACAGCUCAGCAUCCUUCUCCCAGUGCGUCUGGAGCUAUUCCUGGUCCUCUUCUGCGUCCCUUUCCUGGUCUGCACCUUCUGCUAUGUCAACUUCAUCCGUAUCCUGUCUCGGCUGCCCAACAUCGGGCGGCGGCGGCGCCUGCGGGCCAUCGGGCUGGCACUGGGCACCCUGUUAGUGUUUGCCCUCUGCUUUGGGCCCUAUAACGUAUCCCAUGUGGUGGGGUUCAUCCGGAAAGACAGCGAAAGUUGGAGGGAUGUAGCAUUGCUCUCCAGUACCCUCAACGCCUGCCUGGACCCCAUCAUCUUCUACUUCUCCUCUGUGGCUGUCAGGAGCAUGCUCAGUCACUGCUUAAGGAGCUUAAUGGCUAAACUGCACAUUUUAAAGUGUGAGAGGGGUCAAGACUGA